AUGAGCAAUGACAAAAACUCUCAUCAAACGCACGAUGAGACUGCAGAAAAAGAGCUAACAACUAGCGAAAUAGAGGACGCACCCAGGGAACCAUCUGUGACUGAAGUCAAUGCUGUAGAAAUAGACAAGCUUGAAUGCACUCCAGGACCACUAACACCGCAAGUAUUAAUCCAGUGGCUACCAGGUGAGCUUAAUUUUACGAGCUUUGAUGCGUACGACAAAAAUUUGUAUCUGGGGACCGAUCAAGGCGAUCUUUUACAUUAUUUCGAAAUGGAAGCCAACAACUACAUGCUAGUCUCGCAGACUGAAUUUGAUUCUGACCAGAAAGCGUCGAUUGAGAGCAUCAAAGUCAUGCCACUAAUCGAAAUCGCACUAGUUCAAAGUGGGGAGACGUUGCACUUUUUCCUUCUGCCAGAAUUCGCUCCUGUCCCUAACAUGGACAGCGUACCUUACGUUAGCGAUUUCCAAAUUUUGAGGUAUUCUUCCAGUAGCAAGAGUUAUCAGAUUCAAACAUUUGGUGCAGAGGGUAUCAGAUAUCUAAACGUUACUGGAAAGCGAGUUUCAAUCUCAGACGUGGUGAGUACUAAGCCAAUCUCCAAAGCCCACACAUAUCACAAAACAAUGAUGGCGUCCAAUGGCUCCAAUUACGAGAUUGUGGACCUAAAAUCUGGAAGAGAAAUACCGUUAUUUCGUGUCAGCGAGAUGAGUGCCGACCUAAAGCCGCUGAUAGUAUCGUAUAGCCCAGGCGAAUUUCUUUUAGCGUGCGGAAGUUCAGGCAGCGAGAAUGCAAUGGGCCUUGUCGUGAACUGUAAAGGAGACAUAACUCAGGGAACUAUAGUUUUUGAGAAGUUCCCCUUAGACAUACUGAUUGAUCUCCCGUUUAUUAUCGUCGACUAUGGUGACUCCGGUGCGUUUGUUUAUCGUGUAGAACCAAACGAUGAGCCCAGAGUGGUACAGAAACUUUGGAGUACCAAUAAAAGUAGACUACGAAUGGUCAAGACAAGCCACGCCUUCGCCGUUAACAAUCCUUCCAGAAAAUCUCAAAUUGUUGAUAAACUGAGGCUCGUCCCUCUCAUUGCUGGGAACAACGAAUUCAGAAUUGAACAAGAACAAACAUAUGUUGCUUCGAACUAUGAGGAAGUAACUUCCUUAGUACUUUAUUCUGCUGUGGGGAUUCACUUGUUGUACAAAGAGUCGAUAAUAUUACAGAUAGCGGAUUACAGCGAGUCAACAAUGAACAAGAUCGAAAGUAUUCUGGGAAAUAACCUUUCUUCCAGUUACAUUAGCGCAUUCAACAAAAUGGAAGCCCAUUUUCUUCGACUGUUGCUACUUCUCCUUGAAACGUUACACUCCUCAUCAAUUGACCAACGAAUAGUAUCAAAUUGGUGUAUUUAUUCACCGACGGUAGACAUUCGCAUUUUUCUCUAUUUAUGCAGUGUAAAGAUUUUUGGCGAUCCCUGGGUUCCCAAUGGGCUGACGAACUUUAUAUGCGAGACGCGGUCAUUGAAGCUGAAAAAUAAAUUCACAGAUUUCCUCAGCAUCAUGAAGUUCCUUCGCCACAAGCUUCACGAUAAUGAGUUGCGCGGCCUUAAAGAUAAAGAAAACAUUUUUCGAAGUAUAGACUUGGCUGUUGUUGAAAGCUGCAUUCAUAAUGGCCUCGACGUGGAUAUCACUGAGUGUGAAUCUUCCAGCUAUUCUGAUCUCUUGCCGGAGCUACAAAAAAACAAAGAACGAUAUGGUUCGAUAAUAUUUGAUCUUUAUCACCACAAUGGCGACUAUGCGAAUUGUUUGACUUUACUUCGAGAGCAAAAACGAGGUUCAGAAAUGAGUAAAUUUAUUUUGAUUAACUUGGAACAUCUUUUGCGUUGCGAUGCUUACAAGGAGCAUGGCUUGUUGGCUGAUGUCGUAUUUUUAGUUAAUCUCGAGAUUCAUGGUGACGAGCGUCUGAAUGUGUUAAGAAAUAUAAAAAAGAUUCUCGAGCGGGCAGGGCUAGGAAUUAAAGACAUGGUAGCGAUGGCUGAGAACAGUACGGCCAAGAUAGCUAUUCUGGAAAGUCUAGGCAGUGAAGAUUUCAAUGAUAAACAGUUCAUGAUAGAUUAUUACGUCGCAAAACUUGAAGAUAUCAUGGAAAAGGAAAAAUUGUGGGACUUUUUUGCUGAGCUUUCUACAUCAUAUUCACAAGACCUGGAUUACAUGAAGCCAAGCUUUAAGACGUUUCUUGAUCUCAGAAUUAAAGCUAGCCAAAAGUGCGCAAGUCUUAUAGAGAUAGGAGAAAAGGUGAGGACGCUCAUGUAUGAAGGGAACGAUAGAGCAAUGUUUGAUGCGGUAACUGACAGGAUCAAAAAUUUCGACACUGCGAGCAUUCUAUUGCUAUUUCUUAUUGAAGACGAGGAUAAACACGAAAUUUUAGGACAUAACUUGCUGGACAAGUUGAUGGCAUUCAACGAUUUUGAUUCGAUCGAUAAGGUGGUAGGGAAAGAAAACGUUGUUAGAGUGCUGCUGUACUACAUUAACUUGGGAUCCAAAAGGGAUUCGCAACUACUUAUGCGGACGCACUUGGCGAAACACCUGCGCAUCCUCGAUUCUCAUGAGAGCCUGCUAGAAGCCUUGAAGCUUAUUCCAUUAGAUUACGGGCUGGGUAGUAUAGUUGAUGCACUUUCUCCAGUGUUGAUAAAUUUCGAGAAUACACUCGCGACUCAAGAAUUGCACAAGGCACUGUUAAGACAACAGUUGCAAGCCAUCCAAGAUUCGCUUCAAAAGCUAGAGCAGAGCUAA